CCGUCGGACCUCGGCGUCAUUGUUUACUUUCCCCCAUCAACACUUGUCGUUUCCUUUUUUCUGUUUCAUCUGUUUUUGCUUUCUUCGGUCUAAACUCGCUCCGUGUCCGCAGCCUCAGGAUGUCCGCAGACCGGCUGUCGUGUCCGCUGCCCCCCGGGCCUCUGGAGGGCUGCACGGCGGAGGACAUGGACUCCCUGCGGAGGCUGGUCAACGGGCGUCUGGCCGCGGCUGUGGAGGACAUCCUGGGGCUGUUCCAGCAGACCGUCAGCCGGUACCGGGACCACAUCGAAUGCCAGCAACGGCAGCUGGACAGCCUGCGGUCCGCGGAAGUGAAGGGGUUCCCGGUGGAAGACCCUCUGCAGACCCCCUCCUGGAUUAAAACCUGCCCUGAGGACCAGGUCCAGAUGUCCCAGCAGGACCAGACCGACAGCACAGAUGGGACACCAGACGUCAGUUUUCCAGCGCCUCAGAUUAAAACGGAGGCGGAGUCUGAGGUGGGGGUCGAGGUGGGCGGAGCUGCAGGUCCGGCUCCAGAAGCACAAAGUGAAACUGAAGACAGUGAGGAGAACUGGGGCGGAGAACCAGGACUGUACAACCAGGACCAAAUCGCAGAGGAAGACCAGAACCAGGGUGCGCUGUGGUCAAGUCAGCCCCCCGGGUUCGGCUGUCGGGUCUGCGGGGAGUCCUUCUACCGCAGGAGUUCGCUCAUGACCCACGCCUCCGCUCACCUCAGAUCCUGCGCCAUCUGUGGGAAGCAGCUGGAACACGGCGUGAGCCUGAAGCUGCACCUGCGCGUCCACAGAGAGACGGCGUUCCGCUGCGGCGUGUGCGGCCAGAGCUUCUCGCAGCACGGAAACCUCCGCACCCACAUGAGGAUCCACUCCGGAGAGAGACCGUACGGCUGCACCAUCUGCGGGAAGAGCUUCGGCCGGCGGGCCACGCUGCAGCGCCACAUCCGCAGCCACACGGGUGAGAAGCCGUUCACCUGCACGCACUGCGGCCGCGGCUUCGUGGAGAAGGGGAACCUGACGGUGCACCUGCGCAUCCACACCGGGGAGCGGCCGUACUGGUGCUCCACCUGCGACCGGCGCUUCAACCAACUGUCCAGCUUCACCAAACACCCCUGCCAGAGGAGACGCUCCGCCCACAUCGGCCCCACCUGAGCCACGCCCUCAUCAUGUCCAUGGAAACCACGGGCAUGUGGAUGCAGUCACUGUGAUGUCUCCAGUUGGAUUGUAAAAUGUCACUUUGGAGUGAAAUUACCAUAUUUGGACAACAGGGCAGAGACCAGCACAGACAGAGACUGAUCUCAUGAAAUCGCGUUGUAUGUCACACCAGUUCUUAUGGCAUUCGGUGCGCUAUACCUACACAUUUUCAUCCUUUUCAGGUGUUGUUCAGCACCAUGUGAUCACGUGUCGGUUUACACCAAGAUCUCCAGCAAGGUUAUUAUCGUUAAUGAAAACUAAUGAAAUGACAAAAACUAGAAUUGAAAAAACUUUUUCGUAAACUGAAAUAAAUAAAAACUAAAA